AUGGGAAAUCCCACAGGAGCCCCCCCAGGAGCCCCCCAGCAAAAUGGGAGGAAGGAUCGGGGCAGGUCCGCCAGCCGCUCCGGGGAGAGGAAGAAGAGCAAGAAGAAGAAGCACAGGUCCGAAUCCGAGGCCAAGAAGCGAAAGCACCGCUCGCCCAGCCCCAAGGCCAAGCACAAGGCCAAGGAGAAGAAGCGCAAGCGGUCCACCAGCCAAUCGCAGAAGCCGGAGCGCUCUUCCUCCCCGGCCGGCUCCUCCUCCUCCUCGGGCUCCUCCCGCAGCAGGAGCCGCAGCCGGAGCCGCUCGCGCCGCCCUCGCCGGCGCCGUCCCCCGGCGUCGCCGCCGCCGCCGAGCCGCCGCCCCCACCGGCGGGACCAGUCCGGGUGUCACCAGUGCGACCAGUGUGACCAGUUUGACCAGUGCGGCGGCUCCCAGUUUGACCAGUGCUGCAGCUCCCAGUGUCACCAGUUCGACCAGUUUGACCAGUGCUGUGGCUCCCAGUUUGACCAGUGCUGCGGCUCCCAGUGUCACCAGUGCGACCAGUGUGACCAGUUUGACCGGUGCGGCGGCUCCCAGUUUGACCAGUGCAGCGGCUCCCAGUUUGACCAGUACAACCAGUUUGACCAGUGCGGCGGCUCCCAGUGUCACCAGUGUCACCAGUUUCACCAGUGUGGCAGCUCCCAGUUUGACCAGUUUGACCGGUGCGGCGGCUCCCAGUGUCACCAGUUCAACCAGCUUGACCAGUGCUGCGACUCCCAGUUCGACCAGUUUGACCGGUGCCGUGGCUACCAGUUUGACCAGUACGACCAGUUUGACCGGUGCUACAGUUCCCAGUACAACCAGUUUGAGCAGUGCUGCGGCUCCCAGUUUGACCAGUUCAACCACUGCUACAGCUCCCAGUGUCACCAGUACAACCAGUUUGACCAGUGCUGCGGCUCCCAGUGUCACCAGUGUGACCAGUGCGGCGGCUCCCAGUUCAACCAGUCUGACCAGUGCUGCGGCUCCCAGUUCAACCAGUUUGACCAGUGCUGCGGCUCCCAGUUCAACCAGUUUGACCGGUGCUGCGGCUCCCAGUUCAACCAGUUUGACCGGUGCUGCGGUUCCCAGUACAACCAGUUUGAGCAGUGCUGUGGCUCCCAGUAUCACCAGUUUGACCAGUUCCACGGCUCCCAGUUUAACCAGUAUCACCAGUUUGACCAGUUCCACGGCUCCCAGUUUAACCAGUGUCACCAGUACGACCAGUUCCACGGCUCCCAGUUUAACCAGUGUCACCAGUACGACCGGUUCCACGGCUCCCAGUGCCGCCAGUGCUGCCGUUCUCAGCGCCACCAGUUUGACCAGUGCUCCCAGUAUGAGCAGCGCUGCUCCCAGUUUGACCAGUGGCACCCGUGCUGCGGCUCCCAGUGCUCCCAGUUCCACCAUGACACCGGCUCCCAGUGCUCCCAGUAUCACCAGUGCUGCGCCUCAGAGCGUUCCCAGUGCUCCCAGUUUGACCAGUGGCACCAGUGCUGCGGCUCCCAGUGCUCCCAGUAUCACCAGUACGGGCAUAACCAGCACUCCCAGUAUCACCAGUAUGGGUAUGGUGACAGCUCCCAGUGCUCCCAGUAUCACCGUGGCAGCGGCUCCCAGUGCUCCCAGUUUGACCAGUGGCACCAGUGCUGCGGCUCCCAGUGCUCCCAGUGCUCCCAGUACCAUCAUGGCAGCGGCUCCCAGUGCUCCCAGUAUCACCGUGGCAGCGGCUCCCAGUGCUCCCAGUGCUCCCAGUAUCACCAGUACCGGCACACCAGCGGCUCCCAGUGCUCCCAGUAUCACUGUGGCAGCAGCUCCCAGUAUCACCAGUGCUCCCAGUGCUCCCAGUUCCACCAUGGCAGCGGCUCCCAGUGCUCCCAGUGCUCCCAGUGCUCCCAGUAUCACCAGUACCGGCACACCAGCGGCUCCCAGUGCUCCCAGUGCUCCCAGUGCUCCCAGUGCUCCGCCGGCCGCCGGCCCCAAGGGCAGCUCCUCGUCGUCGUCCUCCUCCUCCUCUUCCUCCUCGUCCUCCUCCUCCUCCUCGUCCGACUCCGACUCCGACUCCAGCUCCAGCUCUUCCGACUCCGCCCCGCCUUCGCCGGCCCCGCCCACCGGGUGAGGACACGCCCCUUUCCUUAAUUAACCACGCCUCAUUUGCUAAUUAACCCCUCCCACCGGGUGAGGACACGCCCCUUUCCUUAAUGAACCAAUUAACCACGCCUCUUUUCCUAAUUAAUCCCUCCCACCGGGUGAGGACACGCCCCUUUCCUUAAUUAACCAAUUAACCACGCCUCUUUUCCUAAUUAAUCCCUUCCACCGGGUGAGGACACGCCCCUUUCCUUAAUUAACCACGCCUCU